GGCGUUGGCAGCUGUCAGUCAAAGAGAGGCCGCGAGCCGGGCUCGAGCCGCCCGCUGUCCACCUACGCGCGAGUGUCCCGGCGAAGCUCGCAGCGCCUUUCGCCUGGAGUCUACCCACCCAUCUUCUUCCUUUCCGCCCCUCUCCCCAACACCCUGCCCCCCCCUCCAAUUUUCUGCCCCUUCAUACCGUGGGGGUGGCCGCAGGUUCGAGUCGCGGGAGGAGGGGAAAUUAAAAAAAACAUUUUUUUUCGAUGUGUCUAUAUAAUCCGCUUUAUUCCGAAGUAGUUUUUUUUGGAUGAGCCCCCGGAUGUUGGCGCAUGGAUAUCUCACCGCCUCUCCAAUGUGCUAGUGUUGAAGAGAGUAAAUAUGUCGGCUGCUGGGAAUGCAUUUGUCACGGUGUAAGCAGGAUCGGUGAAGACUCGCCGUUGGCCCGAUCGCUCUGAAGUUUCACAGGGGGGAUAUCUAACUGCUGCGAAAGGGCGGAGAGAUUUGCGGCGUCGGCAGUGGUGUUUUUUUUGAGUCUUGCUUCCCUUCCCUUGAAUGUUGACUUUCGGAUGCUCGGAGAAGAGGGGUGUUUUAAUUUGUCAAAAUGAAUCCUCAGCAGCAGCGAAUGGCAGCCAUAGGGACGGACAAAGAACUCAGCGACUUGCUGGAUUUCAGUGCGAUGUUUUCCCCGCCUGCAUCUAAUGGAAAGAACCGACCAACCACAUUAGGAAGCAACCAGUUUGGGGGCACAGGUUUGGAUGAGAGAACAGGCCCUGGUCAAUGGGCAACAGGCACGCAGAGCAGUAGUCCAUCGACGUAUGAACAGCCAAGGGGCUAUGGUGAAGGUUCUCACUAUGGUGAUCAUGUAUCCAAUAGAGAAUUGUCGUCACAUGAUGGCAUAUCAUCUUCGUCUUUCAUAAACCCUGGUCUUGUUGCUGUCAAGCCUGCCUGGACGAAAUCAAAUGCCAGUUGGGAAGCUGAUGACUACCAUAUCAAAGUCAAAAACGCUGAGAGAGUUCCUUUCCCACCAUUUGGAAGAGAUUCCGCCAUGCCGGGUUUAAAUCAGGGAAGUUUUCUGAAUUCUGAAAUGGGAAUGGCUAAUUCAGGAGCAAUAUCGCCAACUGGAGUCAAACCAGGAUCUCAGUAUUACCCCUACACCAGCAAUCCUCGAAGACGACCUGUGCAAGAAGCAAGUAAUUUAGAAUCCCAACCCAAAAAAGUACGAAAGGUUCCACCUGGCCUUCCAUCUUCGGUCUACGCAUCAACAUCAAGUGAAGAAUACAGCAGAGAUACAUCUGGAUAUUCUUCAUCCAAACCUUCAGGUUCUAUAUUUCCAGGCUCUUUCUAUAUUCAAGAUGGUAUUCCCAAUGGUCCUGAUGUUUGGACCUCAUCCAGUGGAAUAGGCCAACCGGGAUAUGGAAAUUUGAUGGCAAAUUCUUCGCCCCAUUUGUCCCAAUCUGGUGGCUACAGCAACCUUCAUUCACAGGAACGCCUGAGCUACCCAAUACACAGUGUGCCAUCAACAGAAGUUAACGGAAGUCUUCCAUCUAUGUCUGGUUUCCACUGUUCCAGUAAUGCAGGUUCAACUGCAUAUGGUGUUUCAUCUCACACACCGCCAAUCAGUGGGACAGAAACCAUCAUGACUAACAGAGGAAGCUCAGCUGGCAGCCCACAAACCUGUGAUGCACUGGGAAAGGCUCUAGCCUCGAUCUAUUCACCAGAUCACACCAGCAAUAACUUCCAUUCAAAUCCAUCAACACCAGUUGGGUCUCCACAGGCAAUUGCAGGUACAGGUCAGUGGUCUAGAUCUGGAGGCCAAGGUGCUUUAUCGCCGAAUUAUGAAGGAACAGUACAUAAUCUGCAGCAGAAUAAAAUGGAGGAUCGACUAGACCGACUGGAUGAUGCCAUUCAUGUUCUACGUAGUCAUGCUGUUGGAUCUGCAACUGCCAUGCCUGGUAGCCAUGGUGACUUGCAUGUGUUAAUAGGACCAUCACACAAUGGCCCAGUUGGAGGUAUAGGUCCAGGAUUUACACCCCCAGGACUGAUGUCAGCCAAUAGGCAUUCAAUGGUUGCAGCUCAUGAAGAAGGUACAGGAAUAUCUAGUAAUGCUAGUGUUCUGCCUAGUCGUGCACUCCCAUCACAAACUACUGCAUUGUCAGACCUUAACCGACCACAAGAAACCUACAGUGGAAUGUCCAGUGGUCUGCAGAGAUCAAGUGUUAGCCAAUCUAAUGCUGACAUUAAACGAGAAGAAAAGGAGGAUGAUGAAAAUCACAAUUCCUCAGGUUCUGAAGACAAAUCAGAAGAUGAGAGGAAAGAUUCCAAAAUGUCAUCAAGGGCAUCAAGAACAAGUAGUCAAGAUGAUGAUGAACACCUUGCCCCAGAGCAAAAGGCAGAGAGAGAGCGGGAAAGGAGAGUAGCUAAUAAUGCUCGUGAACGCCUUCGUGUGCGUGACAUCAAUGAGGCCUUCAAAGAACUUGGACGCAUGUGUCAACUCCACCUUAACAGUGACAAGCCACAGACAAAACUGCUUAUUCUCCACCAGGCUGUAUCAGUCAUUCUCAACUUGGAACAACAAGUCAGAGAACGUAAUUUGAACCCUAAAGCUGCUUGCCUUAAACGAAGGGAAGAGGAGAAGGUAUCUGCAGUAGUAGGAGAGCAGCCACUGCCCCUUUCAGCUGCACAUCCUAGUCUGGGAGAUAAUCACAAUGCAGUGAGCCACAUGUAGAAGCUGCUUCUGCCUGGUAUAACUGAAGCUGUUGAGCAAGAGGGUGCACAUCAUCCGUCAUCUUUCUCUUUAAGGAAGAAACCUUGUUCUGCCAAAAAGAUGAUAAACUGAUGAAUCCUUUCUGGAUCAGAAUUGCAAAUGUGAACCCAUGCAUUUGCUGUACCUAUCUAAAAAAGUGGGUG